CCGACAGAAAAUUAUUUUGGAUCAUUUUAUUAGUUAUUUGUUUUAAAUAAGCAUCGUGAUCUCAUAGUAAGUUCAGUGAGCUGUGCACUGCUGUAAUUUAGUGUUGGUAUUUGCGUCAGUCAUUGGCCUGCCAGAUUUUUAGUUUGUCGAAAAAAGAUUAGUCUAGCUUAUCUUGAGCUGAUCGCUGAGAACACCAAAUUUGUUUUAGAAUUAAGAAUUUAUUCAAAUGCCACAUUGUUUUGAGGCAAGAAGAAAUGAGUAUUUUAUUUAAAAAUGACACUGGAUGGUUUAUCUCUCAUCUUGCGCACUUGAAGAGUAUCUACAGAGGGGACCUAGAUGAUUCAGCACUCACGAAUCUAGAGAAACUAUUUGACAUAUCUUCUCCUUUUGCCAAGGUGACUGAAACAUCUCUUAAAAAGAAAAGGAAACGAAAAGGUGAAAAUUCCGACAAUCAUGAGCCUACCUCCCUGGAAGAAAUUGAGUUUAUUAGAAAGAAGAGUAAUGAAUUUCUAGAGGAGCUCAAAGUUGCUGAUAUGUUUUCAAUGAGAUUAGAAUCAGCGUCUCAAGAAAACAAUGCAGAGGCUCAAGAAGUAGCAAAAAACAUGUUGAGACUGUUCAAGAGCCCCAACUGUAAAUUCAAUGGUGGCAACUCUAACGAAUCCAAUGUAACCGCAAUGUGUCAUCAAAAUCUCUGCAUUUUCCCACCAAAGUGCAGAUUUUUCAACAGUGAUAUCCGUGAGAUGGAUUAUGAGUUAUUGGAGAAGGAGGGGAGAUUCAAUGCAAUAUUGAUGGAUCCUCCUUGGUGGAAUAAAUACAUAAGGCGUAAAAGGAAGAAAUGCACCGUUGAAAGUUAUGACAUGCUGUACAAUGAAGAGUUGCUAAAAUUUCCCAUGAAUCGUUUCUUAGAUGAGGCGGGGGUGGUCCUUAUUUGGUGCACAAAUGCUCCCAGCCACAUACUUGAACUUUCAAAAGUAUUGCUUCCAGCUUGGAAUCUGGAACAUAUUGCUACAUGGUAUUGGCUAAAAGUAACAAAAAGUGGCGACCCUGUGUGCCCAUUUUCAGAGCCAUGUCAAAAACAACCCUUCGAAAGAAUCAUAAUAGCUAGUAGAUCACAGGAUUUAAAAAGUAAAUUUGCAGCUCUGGACAAACGAUUAAUUCUCAGUGUUCCGAGUGCAAUCCAUUCUCAUAAGCCACCUCUUAUUGAUAUUUUGAAAGAUUUUUUACCUGAGAGCCCUCGGUGUCUUGAAAUCUUUGCUCGAUAUUUGCUUCCAGGCUGGACCAGUGUCGGAAAUGAAGUUCUGAGGCUUCAGUGUUCACCAAGCUUUGAUACGGAUAAAGAAAAGACACAAGUGUAAUCCACACUGAUCUAUUCAGGUGGAAUUGAACCAGUGUUGGACAAGACCUGCUCAACAUAAGAACAAAGUAUGUAGUUCCUAGGGAGGCAAGUUUUCUUGGAUUGCAAAUUUUCCUCCUCUUAUAGUAUUCAAACAAUAAAAUUUCCUGGGUUUUUUUUUCUUUUUUUUUUUUGGUUUUUUUGGGCGUAAUUCCUCAUGAAAGUUCAUUUCACUUAAAUUGAAAGCUUUAAGUCUCUUGAAAUAAGAAGUGCAAUGUGUUGGCCUAAAAAAAAAAAAUUCCCGGUUCUGCAGAAAAAUUGAAAUUUUUUUUUAAAAAAUGAAUUGUAUUGAAAAAAUAUCUAAAAAGAAGCUUUGCUUCUUGAUCAAUGAAUUUUCAGAGAAUCAACAAUGAUCAAUUGGACGUAUUUCUGCCAAGCAGAACUAUGUGCAUUAAGGCAUGAGCCCUGAGACCAAUCAGACUAUAUGCAUAACAGGGCUCACAUCAUAAUUCACACAGUUCCGUUUGGCAGAAAUACGUCCAAUUGUGCAGUUAAAAUAUUUUGUAUGUAAAUUAAGUUGCUGAUCAAUUAUAGAAACUGAACUGUAUCUUUAGCCUGCGAAAGCAGUGCUUGUUAUUUACCAAAGGAAAAUAAAUCAAAUCAAUACCUAAAUUCA